GAGGCAGUGAGCUGGGCGACACUGAACUUUUCACAAACAACAAAUAACAGAGCAACCCAGCUGCUGCCAAACCGGGACCAGGAUCAGGGGAAACGAUGGCUGGUGGGGCGAGGUGCACUCGGAAACUGAAGCAGUGGAUGAUCGAACAAGUGGACAGUGAGAAGUACCCAGGCCUGGUCUGGGAGGACCGCAAGCUCGGAAUGUUCCGGAUCCCCUGGAAGCAUGCGGGCAAACAAGACUACAGGCAUGACGAAGAUGCUGCCAUUUUUAAGGCUUGGGCCAAGUUCAAAGGGAAGUACAAAGAUGGAGAUAAAGUGGACCCUGCCACUUGGAAGACACGGCUGCGGUGUGCUCUGAACAAGAGCAGCGAGUUUGAAGAAGUGCCCCAGCGCUCCCAGCUUGACAUCUCCGAACCAUUCAAAGUCUACAAGAUCGUUGACGAGACGACUGUGAAGAAGAAGCCAUCACUUGCUAUUGACCUGAGCACAGUGAAGCUGGAGGGGAGUGGGAGCAUUGGAAUGGAGAGCUCACAGCCCAGCUCCCCCAGCAGGGGUGUGGUGACAUCGCACCAGCAGGCAAUGGGUGAAGAUCCACCUCCUGACUCCCAACAGAUGGACAGUGAAAGCAGCUGUGAUCCUAGUUCAGGCUCCGAGAUGUCCACAAGUGAAGAAUGUUCCACUGAAACCCCCUCGCUGGAAUUGACUGUGACACCCAACAAUGAAGCCCUGGAUAAUUACACAAUCAGCAUCAUCAGCUCACUGCCGACAAGCCUUCCAGAGAAAGGCCCAAAUUCGAUGGUCAUUGCCUUCUGCUACAGCGGUGUGGAGGUUCACACUGAGAUGAUACGGCAUGGCUGCAAGAUCUCGUCCUCGGCUCCUUUAACCCGCAGCGAGAACUCGUUCGGCUCACAGGCCUUGGAGAAACUGCGCUUCCCAGAAACGACCACCAUCGCCAGCCCAGAGAAGCGGAGGGCAACUGAGGAGCUGCUGACCUUCCUGGAGCGGGGGGUCAUGCUGGACAGCAACGCCAAUGGGAUCUUCGUCCAGCGCCUGUGCCAGGGCCGGGUCUUCUGGACAGGACCCUGUGCACCUCAGCCCAACCAGACAAAUAAGUUGGAGAGGGACAAGGUGGAAAAGUUGUUUGACCGCAAGAAAUUUGAGCAGGAUAUGGAAUUCUACCAGACAUCAGGAGGUGGUGUUAUGCCUCAGUAUCGUGUCACACUAUGCUUUGGUGAAGAACUGGCAGAGGCAGAUGCUCCAGCAGAAAAGCUCAUUACUGUCCAGGUUUACCAAGUGGCCGCCAAGCAGCUGGUGGACCAGGAGCUGGAAGUCCAGGCCGCCUCGUCGCUCCUCCUCAGCCAACUGGGACCCGAGCACUUCAGCGAGCGGCUGACGCACGCCUUUCGGGAGGCCUCCAGCAGCCUGUACGGGAUCUCGUAGAGAAAACGCUCGACGGCGUCGAGAGAUGGAAAACGAAAAGAGACGGCGGCA